AAAAGAAUCAGAAAAGCUUUGCCACACCUCACACCUUGUGUCCUUGUGCCUCCUACAAAUAGCUCUUGCCAUUCAGUUUCCUCUCAGCAGCCCAACAGUCGUCUUAAACCAUCCAGCUAGAAGACAACAUCCUCUUAAUUCCGGCCUUAAUGGAGGUAGCACUCUGUGCAUCCUUUGUUGCCAUUCUGCUAACCACCAUGCUCUUCCUAAAAGCCAUCUCGACGAGGUGCCGCCGUCGAAAGUAUAACCUCCCGCCGGGUCCCAAGCCAUGGCCGAUCAUCGGCAACCUAAACCUCGUCGGUGCGCUCCCACACCGUUCCAUCCACGAGCUCUCAAGGCGCUACGGCCCACUCGUAUACCUCCGGUUCGGGUCCUUCCCCGUCGUCGUCGGCUCGUCCGUCGAGAUGGCCAGGUUCUUCCUCAAGACGCGCGACGCGGCGUUCAUCGACCGCCCCAGGACGGCCGCCGGCAAGCACACCGCCUACAACUACCGCGACAUCACGUGGUCACCCUGCGACGCGUACUGGCGCCAGGCGCGCAGGGUUGUCCUCACCGAGCUCUUCAGCGCCAGGCGGAUCGAGUCGUACGAGCACAUCCGCCGCGAGGAGGUUCACGCGCUGCUCCGUGAUCUGCACUACGCGUCGUCGUCUGGCGGCCGACGAGCUAUCGUGAUUAAGGACUACCUGUCCACGGCGAGCCUGAACAUGAUCACUCGCAUGGUGAUGGGCAAGAGGUACGUGCAGGGCGAGGUGGUCCAUGAGGAGCCGGGAUCGGCGCGGACGACGCUGGCGCAGUUCAAGGAGUUGCUCGAAGAGCUCUUCUUUCUCAACGGCGUCUUCAAUGUCGGCGACCAGAUCCCGUGGCUCGAGUGGUUGGACCUACAGGGCUACGUCAAGAGGAUGAAGAAGGUGAGCAAGGCGUUAGACCAGCUUCUCGAACACGUCGUGGACGAGCACAGUGAGCGGAGGCAACGUGAGGGGAACGGGUUUGUGGCAGGAGACAUGGUGGACGUGCUCCUUCGACUCGCCGAUGAUUCUAGCCUCGAGGUCAAACUUAGUCGGGACAGCAUCAAGGCAUUUACUCAGGACCUCAUUGCUGGCGGCACGGAGAGUUCAUCGGAGACAAUCGAGUGGGCCAUCUCGGAGCUCCUCAGGAAGCCCGAGAUGUUUGCAAAGGCCACAGAGGAAUUGGAUCGCAUUGUCGGCCAUAGACGUUGGGUCAACGAGAAGGACAUUCUUGAUCUCCCCUAUAUUGAGGCUAUUGUAAAAGAGACCAUGCGCCUUCACCCUAUCGGACCUUUGCUUGCGCCACGCCUUUCCCGUGAGGAUACGUCUGUGGGUGGGUAUGACAUACCUACGGGCACGCGUGUAUUCGUUAAUGUGUGGGCCAUUGCCCGUGACCCUACGCUAUGGGACGCAUCGGAGGAGUUCAUGCCAGAGAGAUUCUUGGGUAAGAAAAUUGAUGUGAAAGGGCAAGACUUUGAGCUAUUACCAUUUGGGUCUGGUCGACGGAUGUGCCCAGGCUACAACCUUGGGCUUAAGGUGAUCCAAUUGAGCAUAGCCAAUCUCCUUCAUGGCUUCACGUGGAGGCUCCCGAAGGACAUGGUAAAAGAGGAUUUGAGCAUGGAGGAGAUAUUCGGGUUAUCCAUGCCACGCAAGUUCCCACUAGAGGUUGCUGUUGAGCCCAAGCUCUCUAGUCACCUCUACAAAGGUGAUUGAUAUAUGUCUCUAUGUCAUUACUCAUGUAGCUGGUACAUAAAAAGUAUAUGUAUUUCUGAACAAGAAUUCUAAGCCCUCAAGAGAUGUUCUAUUAUGUGUAUGAUACAAACAGUCAUGAAAGAUUCUAAAAUAUUUGAUUAUACAGAGUA